CAAUUUUUAAAUCUCAGUCACGUUCAGGUUCACGAUUAUUUACUGCGUUUAGUGUUUGAUUAUUCGCCGUUAAGUGGCAAAUUGUGUUAUUCAGUGCUUUAAAGUCAGUUUACAAUAUAUUAUUAACAAACAAAAACCAUUUUGCAACUAUGAAUAACAUCAAAAGUGGAAACAACGUAUUAAUCCUGUGGAACAACAAUGACCCAAAUGAUCUAAGUAAUUUAGUCAAUGAAAUUCAAAAACUUAAUGCCUCUGUUGUUCUAGAAAACUCGAGUAUGAUUGCUGAAGAUUCGAGGCCUCUUUCAUCAUUCGACGUGAUAUUAUCGAACUGGUUGCCUCCACACUCAAUGCAGCACAGUGAUAGCCUACUUGCUCUUUUAAUUAAGCUAUUAAAACCCAGUGGUAAAAUUAUUCUCAAAGACAAAAUAGAUAUUAGUUCAGCGCUCAAACUAAAUGGAUUUUUAAAUGUCACAAAAAUUGAAGAAAAUGUAUUCUCUGCAGAAAAACCAAAAUUUGAGGUGGGUGCAAAAGUAUUCCUUAAGUUAAAUAACAAGCCAGCUGUAUGGAAACUAGAUGAUACAGUGGAAGAAGCAUGGGCGGGGUCCAAUGAUGAUGAAAUUAUUGACUCGGAUGUUUUGCUAGAUGAGGAUGACUUAAUAAAGCCAGAUCAGCAGUCUUUACGAGUUUGUGCUACAACCGGAAAACGAAAGGCGUGUGCAGAUUGUUCUUGUGGCUUAGCUGAAGAGUUAAAAGGGGAGACCAAAGAAACACCGAAAUCGUCCUGCGGCAGUUGUUACCUCGGCGACGCGUUCCGUUGUGCCACGUGUCCUUACCUCGGGAUGCCUGCCUUCAAACCGGGCGAAAAGGUUAUGUUGGACCUCAAGUCGGAUAUAUGAAACAUUUUACUAUAUAACUUAGUUUCUUUAUACGCUUCGUAUUUUAUGUUGUGAUGCCUUAUGAUAAUAAAUUAAUUCUGUCAUUCUCAAA